AUGAGCCAGAUCUAUACACUAUCAGACCAGGAUGACGAUCCCAACCUUGCUAUGGUAACACGCGGAGUCGUACGACACUUGAUGUCGUUGUCUGAGAGUCAAUCUAAUGUCUUCAGCAGAACCAAAUUGACCACAUUGGUCCGAGAGGCAGCCAGCAAGGAAACAUCGCGCAAGCUCCGAUUUGCGGUGGUGUUUGCCCAGAUAAACGAGAUUUUAAGCACCACCUUUGGCUAUGAACUGGUCGGAGUGCACACGAAAACUAUGGCACCUGGCUGGACACCUGACAGAGCACAGCUGUUCAUGCUGGUUUCCAAAAUGCCCACACCGCCACCCUCGUUCGAAGCCCUCCUUUUGCAGGAAGCUUCGCAGAUGUAUGAGUCCCGCAUGGUGGGCGACGAAUACGUGGGCGACGACCUCGGCACUAUAUCCGAGUCCGGCAUGCAUAAUGCGGUUUCUACCGACGCCCAUCUGGUUGCGCAAGGUCUCACACUCGCUGUACUAACCAUUGUGCUGCUCUCCAAAAAUAACGUCCAUCAAGAGGAGCUUAAAGAGGCCAUGGUGGAGUUUGGCGUGCAUUCCGAGAAUUUCCGCCUCCCGGUUCUGGAUCUUACGCUCGACGAGUUUCUCAAAAACUUGGUGAAGCAGGAAUAUCUACGCUGUACCGAGGAAACCGCUCAAGACGGCGUCCGUCUGGCAGUAAUCUAUGGCAUCGGUCGCAGGACUCAGGUCGAGUUCGACAAGGCCUCGCUUCUCGGAGCCUGUACUGAAAUUAUGGAACUGGAUCCUGUCCGAGCGGCUCAACUGGAACCGAUCCUGGAACUAAGCAUUGGCGAUGCCUAUACCGAGAUUUCUUGA